AUGACCGUCGUACCUUCGUCGUCUCUUUCGGAGCUGUCCGCCGUCUCCUCGCCAGACUCAUUUCGCACCGCUUUUCAGUCGCCUGAAGGCACCGACGCCAUGGACGCCCAGGUCGAUCCUCCACCACUUGCCUACUCCAUGGCGAGCCAGCUUCCUCGCGAGCUGAAGGCGCAUUGCCAGAUCUACCUAGAAGAGCACCUGUACAAUGGCGCCCUCGGUCUCCUCAACAGCCUCCUGACCUCCGGCUACUCACGAAAAGACGUCACCAAGACGAAUGCACAAGUCCCCCCGCCAACGCACCUCGCCCUCCUCAAUACCCUCAUCAUCCACCCGAGCUCAACCACCCGCGCCGCCGGCGCUGACCGCCUCGAGGUCGGCUCACAGGCGCUCGACUACCUCCGUAACCUCCUCGCCAUUGCCGGGCCCAUCAAUGCGGGCUUCCAAAACGCUUUCCAGUUCUACGGGGGCGCUGGCCGCGGCCGAAACCGCUACGUCGAAGAGGACGAUGACGAGAUCGAUGGCGACCAGAUAAGCAACAAGAUGGCCGUCGAGGACAGCAUAUGGCACCGCGCGCCCGACUUCUGGGCGGUAGUGGGCUGGGCGUUCAACUGCAGCAGCGCGCACCCUCACCGGUGGCGCUUCUGGAAGACCUGGCUGGAGUUCAUGCUCGAGGUCCUCGACGCCGACUACGAAGAGCGAAAGCGGAUGGACGAAGCGGCGCAGACUCCUGACCGGAAGAAGGCGGCAGUGGAGAACAGGCGGGAGGCCAUGAUUGUCACGUACAUCAAGCAGAGGGCCCAAUACAAUCGGCAGGGCUUGAAGACGAUCCUGCAAGCCGUUCUCGCGGACGGGUACUCAAAGUCCCUGGCCGCGUUCCCCGAGAUCUUCAACAAAGAGACCAAAGGGCUCCCGAGCGAGGACACGAAACGCAGGAGGAUGAUCACCCUAGACAUCGACAAUGACCAGUUCGGGGACUACUUCGACGACGACCUGGUCGAGUCGGAGCCAGAGUCGCAGCCCGGAACGCCCAACACGCCCGCUACCCCGCGCACACCGUCGCGCAAGGCAGGCAACCCCGUCACUUCCGACGUCGCGGAGUCAAUACCACUGCGCUUGCGUCUGUUCAAUCUCCUCGCCAAAGUUUCCAUGGAGAUACCGAAGGAUUUCUUCCAGAAACACGACGAUUACGUCAAAGAGCUCUGCACGCUGCUGAGACAAACGACGCCCCUCCCCUUUUUCCAACAAUUCAUCUCCGACAUGGGCACUCACCUCGACGACGCUUUCAGAAUCGACAUUCUACUGCACGAGCUGGAUUGCCUUCUACCUAGGUCGUACAUGGAACCCGGCAACGUCGCGUCGAGUGAAAACGGCAUGAAGGUCACCGCCGAGGUGCUCGAGCUCUGCUACCUGCCGCACCCAGCCGACACCAGCGCGAUCCAGGAGAACGUUCGGCUGGCCCUGAUCCUGGAGAACCUGCUGUACAAGAUCCCGCCGGACGAGAUCAGGAAUUCUAGGGACAAGCUCCGCGCGGCUGCUCAGGUGGGCGUCGAGGCGAGGAAGUGGAAGACCAGGAAUUCGGGUCAGAAGGUCAGGAAGAGCAAGAAGCAGAAGGAGCUGUGCGACAGAGAUCGCUACGCGACGGAGACGCUGGACUUGGUGGGGGAGCGGAUCUUGUUGUACAUUGAGAUCAUGGGCGGCACCGAUGAGGAGGGCCUCGAUGAGACCGAUUCCGACGAGGAGAUGACGGACUGA